AUGCUCAUAAAGACAUAUGCUGAAGAGACUGGCAAGGAUGAUUCCCAGAUGCGCCAAGGCAAUUCCGAAAAGGAUAUACAGCUGAUGGUAUUUUACAUGGUCAUGGCGCUUGGGGCAGUUAAUGCUGCGAAUACAAUUCAGCAAAUUCGCAAACAGUCUCGCCGCAAAGAUUUACUAGGCUUCGAAGCUUCAGGGCCAUCGCCGAUAUCUCUUUGCACACGAGCUUUGCAGUUGUAUGACUACAACUCUCAUAUCUUGCAUCCGAGCGUUGGCCUCAUUCAAGUAUUCGCCUUGAUUGCAAUUUAUAGCUCUUUUGGACCGAUCGGAUCGAGCCAAUGGCAGCUAGCUGGCUUUGCAAUGAGGAUGGCUGUAGAAAUAGGUUUGCAUUGCACUGACGAGGUUUCUGACGCCCCAGAUGGGGCAAAAGAUCAACGCAAUCGUGUCUUCUGGACCAUAUACGCGAUCGAGAUUAGUCUCGCUUAUAAUCUUGGGCGCCCUCCGUCGAUAGCAGAAGACCAUAUUGCUAGUGCGUUACCAAAAUCGACAAAUGAGAAUUUGACCAGCCUGCAUUAUGUGCGGCAUCGACAACUACAAAGUCGAAUCGUGACUCAGAUCUAUGGCAUCAAUAGCAGUACUCGAAACAUGUCAGUCGAUAAAAAGGAACUCUUGAUCUUGGACUUACAAAGAGAGCUUGAUGAGUGGCAAGCCAAUAUACCAACCAACUCUCGGGACGAUGAACAAUACCCGUAUAGCUACUGGAAUCGUCUCUAUCAUGGAACAACAUUUGUCUUGCACCGAAAAAGUCCGCUCUGCCCCCGUCCCUCUUCUCAGUCUCUAGAGCGAUGUAUUAGAUCCGCUGGAAGCUAUAUCGACGACGUCAUAAAACUCCUUCGCUUUAGCAAUAUACCCCUAUCUUGGAUGUUGGUUCAGGGUGUCUUAUUUGCCGGCUUAACGAUGCUCAUAACAGCUAGAACUAGUCUGUACCAGUUAAUAUCACAUGUUGAGGUAUCCUUCUUACUGGUUGACCUUCAGUCUUGGAUCAGAAAUUGCUCCAUCUGUCUCACGAUUAUGAAUGAACGCCUGCAAGAAGAAUUGUUGUCGAAAUUGAAUUCUCAAUAUGAGCUACUGGCAAAUGAUACUCUCAGACUAAUAUCUUCAAUUAUAACCUCACAGCCCGCAAGCAGUUGCACUGAAAGCUCUGCAUUUGGAACAAAUAUGGACAAUGGCCUGGAGCUGGAUCAAGGCCUUGACAUUGACACACCAUAUGCUAAUAUGAACUUUGGGGAAGAAUAUGAUUACUUCGACAUGUUCAAAAACUUUAUGGGUCAAGACCUAACACAAACCUUUUGGAACAUAUUUCCACACGACAUGAACUUGGCACCUGAUACAGAUCUAGACGAGAUAUCCGCUAAUAUACCUAGGUAG